CUAAAUGGGAACAGUUCGAUCCAAGUGCAGUCAAUAAGUAUCAAGAGUUUCUCGCACAGAUCUUGCACAUUGCGAAAAAUUGUCGGGUAAAUGGCGGGUCAUAAUUAUCUGAGCGAUCCAAAAAAUCCGUUUUUCUCAUUAGAGGAUGACGUGGACGAUGAGACGUUUCUAAGGAACGCUCCAGUCAGAAGUGUACCCGCGGGGCGUUAUCAGAAUUUUGAUAAUGAUUUUACGCAAACACGCCAACAAUUGCUGCAACGUAAGAAGGAAAUCGAGGAAAACACGGUACAGUCUUCAGAAAGAUCUGUUUCGCUUCUAAGAGACUCGGAGCAAAUUGGUGUAGCUACAGCCGAGGAAUUAAUCAGACAAAAGGAACAGCUGCAGAGGACAGAAAAAAGAUUAGAUGAUAUUAACAGUACAUUAAGAUUUAGCCAAAAACACAUACAGGGCAUAAAAAGUGUAUUUGGUAGUCUGAAAAAUUAUCUCAGUGGCAAAUCUUUAGAUGCUCCGAUACCAUCCACAAAGUUGUCAGAAUCUUCCAGUUCUGGAUCUAUGACAUCUCCUGCAUUGUCUAACACAUUAGAACAAGUACAAAGCAACAUAAACAAUUCAUAUUCAUCAACAAUGUUAAGAGGAAGUUAUGAUGACCAUAAUCUGGAAGAUGUUAAACCUGCUGGCGAUAGAAUAACUAAAGUUCUCGAACAGAAUCUAAGUGAGAUGAGUGGAUCAUUGGCAAGACUGAAACAUCUAGCAAUCGGUUUAUCUGAAGAGAUAGAUUCACAGAAUGAUCUGAUCGAUAAUAUAACUGAUAAAACAGAGAAAGCUGAUAUAAUGUUGCAGCAACAAAAUAAAGAUAUGUUACAUUUAUUGAAGAAAUAAGUUUGACAUCCGUCAUAUAUCAAAAACUUUUUGCUUAUAAUAAUAUAUACUAACUGUACUUCUAUGAAGUAUAGAUAUAUAGUACAUGUUAAGCAACAGAACAAAUUUUUCACAUUAAUUUGUAUUGUUGAAUCAGUGUAUGUCA